AUGACCAUUAAAGGUCUUGGCUUGAAAAAACACACAUCUUGGGCUGGGGGGCAGGCGGUGUGCAAAUACUUUUGGGGGAAAGUCGAAAAGCGGCAUUUAGAAAGGGGCAAGCUGAGUAUAUGCUGCCUAGGACGCCUCUCACCCUCACGACCUCUGGGUCAAGGCACCUCACCUCUGGCUAGACCUCUCAUUCGGGAAGACUGGAUGGGGGAUGAAGGAGUACAGCCCAUGGUUCCUCUACAUCUUUGGAUGCUGAGAACUAUGGAACCUGGCAUCUAUGCCAUGCUGUUCAUUGGCAGGCUUUCUACUAGAAGUGCUUACUGGAGGUGUAUUGAUGGUCAAGUGUUUCUUUCUGCACUGUCGAGUCGCGAACGACAGGGUGGAAAGGGGAACUCUAGCCCUUGUGCAGAUAUGGAGCUGUAUAGAGUUGUACUGACUUCAUUUCUUUACACCUUGGUUGUUUCUCCCUCCGGGGAACCUGCACUGUUUAGGGCAGGUCAGCUAAGGACUUGGUGGUCUGACUAUCAGUACCUUGAACCACCUAGUAACCCUUUGAAUGAGGCAGUAAGUCAACCCGGAGUAGCCAGACUGGCAACUUUGAACAAAGCCCAGACUUUAAGUGAAGCUGGACUAGCAACUUUGAAUGGUGCAACAACUAAGCCUAGGCUAGUUGCUUUGAAUGGGGUAGUAAUAAGUAAAGCCCGGAUGGUGACUUUGAAUAGUCUAACUUUGAACAAUGUGGUAAGUAAGGGUGCACUAGUAAUGUUGAACAGCUUAACCAUCAGUAAGCCUGGAUUAGUUGCUAUGAAUUGGGUAGCAAUAAGUAAGCCCAGACUAGAACUGUGGACUGACCUUGCCUCUCAAGAAUGUGUAUCAAGUAAGCCUGGACUAGUGGGCAACUAUAGCCAUAGACUGCGGCAGCACGAUAAACAUGGGUGCAAGUAUUACUGGACUACUGAGCUUCAACAAUCUGGACUAGUAACUUCUCAUAUAAUAGUCAGUCCAAAUAGCAUGGGUAGGGUGGAUCAGUCUGGCUAG